CCUCCUCCACGCUGUGGACAGUGAGGACUGAGGCCUUCGUCCGAGAGUCGAGGCCUCAGGUCAGCAGAGGGAGGCGUGCGAGGUCUUCUCAGCUGCCCUGGUGCUGCAUUGCUGGCCUCCUGUCUGCACUCUGGUCCGCUGUGCCUGAUCUCAGCCAUCAUGCCUCGGGGUCAAAAGAGUAAGCUCCGUGCUCGCGAGAAACGUCAGCAGAAGCGUGAUCAAUCCCAGGCUUUCAGGGGUCCUCAGGCCACUGCAGAGAAGGAAGAGGAGGGCCCCUCCUCCUCUCCCCCCACUUCUUGCUCUUCUCCUGUUUCUAGGGGUGGCCCCCCAAGCUCCCCUGCUGUCUUCAUUCCCCUGGGGUCUCAGGGAGCUCCACGCUCUAGCUCUCCUGAUGCAGGUGUAGCCUGCGCAAUGCCUGAUGAAGAUGCCAAGAGUCAAGAUGAGGAAACACCAAGCACCUCCCAGGCAGCAUCCUCCACUCAGAGCUCACAGAAAGAUCCUCUCACCAGAAAGGCGAGUAUGCUGGUGCAGUUCCUGCUGGAGAAGUAUAAAAAGAAGGAGCCCAUUCUGAAGGCAGACAUGCUGAAGGUUGUCAACAGAAAAUACAAGGAGCACUUCCCUGAGAUCCUCAAGAGAGCCUGUGAGCGCAUGGAGCUGGUGUUUGGCCUUGAGUUGAAGGGAGUGAAACCCGGCGAUCAGUUGUACACCCUUGUCAGUAAGCUGGGCCUCUCCACAGAGGGCUGUGUGAGUGGUAAUGGGGGGUUGCCUAAGUCGGGUCUCCUGAUGACGCUCCUGGGUGUCAUCUUCAUGAAAGGCAACCGUGCCACUGAGGAGGAGGUCUGGGAAUUCCUGAAUGCGUUGGGGGUAUAUGCUGGGAGGAGGCACUUAAUCUUUGGGGAGCCCCGGAAGUUCAUCACCAAAGAUUUGGUGCAGGAAAAGUAUCUGGAGUACCGCCAGGUGCCCAAUAGUGAUCCUCCAAGUUAUGAAUUCUUGUGGGGUCCCAGAGCCCGUGCUGAAACCAGCAAAAUGAAAGUCUUGGAAGUUUUGGCCAAGAUCAAUAACACCGUCCCUACUUCCUUCCCUAGUCUGUAUGAUGAGGCUCUGAGAGAUGAGCAGGAGAGAGCAGCAGUGAGGGCUGCAGCCAGGGCUGGCACUGCUGCCCAAGCCAGGGCACGCUUCGGGGCCAUGUCCUUGAGACCCCCCCACAUCUAGUGAGGUCUCAGGUAGAUUUUCCACUCAGAGCAGUGAACCUCUAAGUAGUCCAGAGUAGACGGGGCUGUGGGGAACAACAUGUAUAUCUUUUUCUUUUUCUCCUGUUACAAAUUAGUAACUUGUGGUUUUAACUUUUUCUUUCUUUGUUAACAGUUUUGAAGUGUUGUUCCCUUUAAGAUUUAUUUUGUUUCACGAUGUAACUUUCUUAAUGUUACAGAUGACACAUUUAUUGCUGUUUGUGAGGUUUAACACUAAGAGUUCUGUUAUUUUUAAACAAAUUGAAAAACCUUCAGUAUUUUCUUUUUACUAUAGAGCAAGGUAAUAUGGCAUUGUAAGAGGUAUUUCCAUGGAAAUGUGAAACAACUCCACUGGAAAAUAGUUUGAUCGCAAAAUGGUGUAACAGAUGUAAAAUCGUUUAUUUGUAGUUUUCCUACAGAGGAGUAACCUCUGUUUAUAUCCUUUUCUUUCUUUCUUAUUUUUUCAACGUUGUUCUUUUUAUUUAAGGGUUUAUUUUGCUUCUAAAUGUAAGACUAUCAAUGACCUGCAUCUCACAUCUAUUGCUCCUUAACAGUUACUUUUAAAGAGUUACACUUGAAAGUUAUAGUUUGGGUAUUUAUAAUACAAAUUCACAAACCAUUCACAUUUUCUUUAUGCUUCUGAACUACAUAAUCUGCUAAUGUAAUAGGGAUACUCAUGGAAAUGUGAGAGUAUCCCACAGUAAGAUACUUGGCAUGAUAUUAUGCAAAAACAAAUAGUAAAAACAGAAAUGUGAAAGUUGUAUAAUUCUUGGAUUCUCUCCUUUGUUAGAGUAUUACUUUUAAUAUAAAUAAAGACUAUUUGCAUUUA